CCGCAGGUAGCUUCUGUCUCCAUUUUCUUGACCCAAAAAUAACUAAAAAUGGUUUCUCCCACCAUAUCUUCUAGCAGUGCUUUUUGCUUCUGCCCGCAAUCACUAGCAAGAAACAGACCUGCCCCCAAGAAAAAUAUUUCCAUAAACCCCAAGAAAAAAACUAUUCAAAACAGAAAACUGAACAUAAAAGAUGCUCCAGCCCCGUCUUCAGCAGUCCAAGGUGGCGGUGAAGCCACCACCUACACUUCCCUUCCUCCUAAAGAUGACUUUUCUAUUCCCCUUCAGAACAAUCCCAUUAGAGAAGUGAAGUUAUCUGACUUAAAGCCCCCUAAAAAACAGAAGGGUUUUGGAGAAAGAUUGGAUUUUGAUGAUAAAAGUGAGGAUGAAAAUGGGAAAUUUGGGUUUGAUUACGAGAAGUUUGAGCUUUAUGAGGGGGGUUCUGAUUCAGAUUACGAAAGUGGUGAUGAUUUUGAUGAUGAGGAUGAUGAAAUAUUGGUUUUUGGAGAUGGUGGGGAUGAAAAUGUGUUUGAAGGAAUGACAGAGAAAGAAAAAGGGGUGCCAGCAGUAAUGAGGUGUUUUGAUAGGGCGAAAAUAUAUGUAAAAGCAGGGGAUGGAGGGAAUGGAGUUGUGGCUUUUAGGAGGGAGAAGUUUGUGCCACUUGGGGGUCCUUCUGGCGGGGAUGGUGGGAGGGGAGGGAACGUGUAUGUAGAAGUGGAUGGUUCGAUGAAUUCUUUAUUGCCAUUUAGGCAGAGUGUGCAUUUUAGGGCAGGAAGGGGAGGGCAUGGGCAUGGGAGGAAGCAGAAUGGAGCAAAGGGUGAGGAUGUGGUGGUGAAGGUCCCACCUGGGACAGUUGUUAAGGAGGCUGCUGGGAAAGGUGGAGUGCAAGGGGAUGUGCUAUUGGAGCUAUUGCAGCCAGGGCAGAGGGCAUUGUUGUUACCUGGAGGGAGAAGUGGGAGAGGGAAUGCAUCAUUUAAAACUGGGAUGAAUAAGGUGCCUAAGAUUGCAGAGAACGGAGAAAAAGGUCCUGAAAUGUGGUUGGAAUUAGAGCUAAAGUUGGUUGCAGAUGUUGGAAUUGUAGGAGCUCCAAAUGCGGGGAAAAGUACAUUUCUCAGUGUUAUUAGUGCUGCUCAGCCAGCUGUUGCAAACUACCCCUUUACCACUUUGCUUCCAAAUCUGGGUGUGGUUUCAUUUGAUUAUGAUGCAACAAUGGUAGUGGCUGAUUUGCCAGGGCUGCUUGAGGGUGCACAUCGAGGUUUUGGAUUAGGCCAUGAAUUUCUUCGGCACACUGAAAGAUGUUCCGUUCUGGUGCACAUGGUUGAUGGCUCAUCGGAGCAACCAGAGUAUGAGUUUGAUGCAGUUCGUCUAGAGUUGGAAAUGUUCAGUCCUGAACUUGCUGAAAAGCCUUAUGUAGUUGCAUUUAAUAAGAUGGAUCUUCCAGAAGCAUGUGAAAAUUGGAUAUCAUUCAGAGAAAAAUUACGUUCUUGUGAGAUUGAACCUUUUUGUAUGAGUGCAGUGAAGAGUGAAGGAACGCAAGAAGUGAUAUGUGCUGCUCAUAGACUUGCUAAGGAAGUAAGAGAAGUCAGUAAAGAAGGUGCAACUGGUUCGGUAAAUUUAAACCAUGUGGCUGAUAUGGUGCAAAAGCAGCAAACUGCUCCAAUAAAUGAAUUUGAGAUCUCCCAUGAUAGUGAUAGCAAUACAUGGCAUGUUACAGGAUCAGGUUUACAACGCUUUGUCCAAAUGACAAACUGGAGAUACAUAGAUUCUGCGAAAAGGUUUCAACAUGUUCUGGAGGCAUGUGGUGUGAAUAAGUCUCUCAUCAGACUUGGUGUGAAGGAAGGUCACACUGUUUUUGUUGGGGAUAUGGAGUUGGUAUGGCACGAUGCUCCUGACAAUGCUGGUCCCUCAAGUGUGAGGAAGUGGGCGGAAGAUUCAGUUAAAUGAUCUUUGUUGAUAUCGUCCACUCAAGCUGUAUCAUUGCUAGGAAAUGCCGGGAAUAGUCGCAGGUAAAUCUGGGGCACUUGUAAAAUAGUGCCAUCAUCUGUAGCUUCGGGCAAUAGUAAGCUCACGCUGUUUAAUGCUUUUCCCUUUAAUGGUUGAUUGGAGGAAUAUGAAAGCAGUACUCAUUGAUUCUUUUAUCAAUUUGUGUGAGACAGCUAAAGUUCACUCUCGAGGUGAUGCUUUCUGUGGCUGCCCAUGUACGAAUAGAAGCAGGAUUACAUUCAUAUUAGUGGUAUAGACAAUGAAGCAGUUGGCUUUUGAGUUCCUUAAAUUGUUGUAUUCAAUGGUUGAUGAGUUGAAUCUUUGGAUAUGCAGAAUCAUCAUGUAGUUGUAAAUUACAGAUUCAAACCUACAAUGUACUUAAGAGUUUUACACAAAAAGGUAUGCUGAUGCGGAGGCAGAUUUUGCUGCACAUGCUUUUAUUACCAGGGAGCUUGAUGACGUCGCCUUUUAAGCCAUUGUAAGAGUGGAUCAUGGUUCGUGCUAGAUUGCUUGGUUCAUUUCUGAGCUUCGCAUUCAGGUCUGGCCAGAUUGAGAAGUCGUCAAUGUUGUAAAUGUAGUGUUUGGCACUUAAAAUCCAGUCUGGAUUUCGAUUUGCCGGUCUCUCCUUGUAUUGUUUGUCGUGUUCAGCUGGAUAUAAUCCAGCUUACUCUAAUAAUUUAAACGAGUCAUCUUUUCUGACUUGAUCACCACCUUGGCCUUAGAUAAUUAGAAAUUGUUCAGAAGAUCUGCUGAAGUAACUCCAAACAAUUUACAAUAUAUCGGUCACACUAGAUACCUGUUGUAACAAUGAUAAUUAAGCACUCUUCUUCCUCUCA